AUGGAUGUUUCCAGGCCAGUCCUGAGCAGGGCACAGUGACAUCAGCGACACCAGUGACAUCAUAAUGUCGGAGGUGUCAUAUAAGCAGCUCCCUGACCAGUGAGGGGCACACUUGGUAGGAGUCGGCGCCGACAUCCUGCCACCCUCGGGCCAGCGGGACGGUCAGGCCGGGCCGAUCGGGUUCCAACCCAGCACGCGGCAUGUCUGGGAGGCGCCGCCGUCGGCACCGUCGCAGACGGAGGAGGCACGCGGAGUCCCGCUCCAGGAGAGCCGAGCUGCAAUUCCCGGUCAGCCGCGUGGAGCGUCUCCUGCGAGAGUGUCGCUACGCCCCGCGCCUGAGCGCGUCCACCCCGGUCUUCCUGACCGCCGUUCUCGAGUACCUGACGGCCAACAUCCUGGAGCUGGCGGGCAAGGAGGCUCUGGACAGCCACAAGAUGCGCAUCACCCCGGAGCACGUGCAGCGAGCCCUGGGCAGCAACCAGCACCUCAAGGGUCUCCUCGAGAACACCACCUCCCCUCGGGUGGAUGGGAUGCCCCGAGUUCGGAAGUGGUGAUGCCCGCGCCCCCUCGUCCGGACCCCGAAGCCGCCCACAGAUGAGGGAGGCCUGGCCUUGUGUCUGCACGUGACAUUAAAGGAGUUAACUCCAGGGCCGUGCCUCUGA